UAAAAUAACUACAAUCUUUGGCCAUGUUAUUUUAACUGUAGAGAAAACUUUUUGUAAAAUGAGUGAGAAUACUAAUGAUUUGUUAUAAUUAUUGUAUUCUAAAUGUGAUUGAAAAUACGUGUAUUUAAUCUCCAUGAUGAGCAGCUCAUCACCACACAAGUGUAAAAUAUGUAAAAAGACCUUUUCAGAGUUAGCAGGCCUGCGUCAGCAUGUUCAGACACAUUCUUCGGAUAACCCAUAUGCAUGUCAUUUGUGUUCAUAUGCGGGAAAGACAGUGAAAUAUUUAAACAGACACAUUAAGCUCAGGCAUAUGGUUGCUGAUGCCUAUGAGUGUAGUUACUGCGAUAGGAAAUUUCAUUACAUAUCACAAUUAAAUGCUCAUCUCCCAGUCCAUACAAAUUCUAGGCCACACAAAUGUGAUAUCUGUGGAAAAGGCUUUAAUUCCUAUUUUGUUUUAUCAACCCAUAAAAAUAUUCAUAAAGCUGAAAGACCAUACAAGUGUUCGUACUGUGAGUACGCGUGUAACGACAAGUCGACAUUAAGAAAGCAUCACGAGAGACAUACUGGCGUCCAAAAAAUAUAUCAAUGCGAAAAAUGCUUGAGGAAUUUCAAACAGAAAACGGAUCUCCGAGCCCAUGUGUCUGAGGUGCAUUUGAAUGUGGAUUUGAGGACCAAACCAUGUGAGACUUGCGGGAAAAAGUUUAAAUCCACAUCGGAUUUAACCUCACACAUUAAAGUAGUCCACGAGAAGGCAUACGAGACGAAAUGCGAUAUAUGCGGCCUCUACAUCAGCAAUCGGUACAACCUGAAGCAACACCUCCGCUCACACAUCACACUCCGACCAUUCAUCUGUGGGUUUCAGGGCUGCGACAAACGGUAUAAGGAUAAGGAGGCCUUAACGAAGCACAGCAUCAUCCACUACCCGGACCGGCAGUACCCGUGCGGCGUGUGCGGGCGGCGGUUCACGCGGCCCGAGCGACGCCGCGCCCACGAGACCACGCACCGCCCGCGCGCCCGCGCCGCCACCUGCGACCACUGCGGCGCCAGUUUCUACAGCAAGAACUACCUGAGUAAGCACAUAGUGACGAAACACCUCGUACGAGCGCGCUUCUACUGCGACGAGUGCGGGUUCUGUGCACACAACAAGCCCGGACUCAUCACGCAUAUCAAAGCUGGACAUGACACGGAUCUUACGUGUAAAAUAUGUAACAAAGUAUACAAGAAGAAAACCAUACUCAAGUCUCACUAUUGGAACACGCACUUCAUCAAAUACAAGACUAAGACGAGAGUCGUGAAGCCGAAAAAGCCGAAAAAGCCAACAAAACCGGAGAGGGAAGUGAAAAUAAAAGAAGAGCCAAUAGAACAAGAUACGUCGCUAGAAACCUUAGAAAAUUAUAGAAAUGAAAUAACGCGCGGAACAGACGCAGACCAGGCAGCCAAGAUGAAGGAGCUGAUGAUGAAUGCCGUGAUUGCCACAUCCGACAAUCUGGAGACGCUGUUCAGAGACCUGCUGAAACCUGAUGAUGAGGACGAUGAUGAUGUUAAACAUGAUUACGAUUCUCCAUUAUUAUGUGAUGCCUUGCUCGAGGAGGAGGCUCAGAAACAAAUGAAAGAGAUGCUAACAAAAUCCCAGUUUGCAGUUUUUUAUGGAAUUAAAAAGAAAACUCUGGAAAGAGUCACAAUAGAUCCUACUCGUAAUACAUACGAAAGAUCUGUCAGAAGUUCAGAAACUAUACCACAAGAGUCUAAUAAAUAUAUAAGUAGUCAAAUAUCAAAUACCUCAUCAAGUAUUAAAAAUGACUCUAAUGUUAUAUUGGAAGCGCCUGUCAGAACUUUCGAACCUAAGUCACAAGAGGCAGAAUAUAAAGAAAUAGGUAAUCAAAUAUCAAAUGCCUCUUCAACUGUUGAAAAUAAUCAUAGGCCUACUGUGUAUCAGAAGGCAAAUAAUGCUAUAGAGAAAACUGAGUCCGCAACUGACACGAUCCAAGUUGAUGAAAAAGAUCAACAACAUCAAAAAGAAGAUGGUAAAAUACACUUUAAAAAAGAAACUAAAAAAGUAAAAAAGGUUGCGAAAAAAAAUAAAAGUAAAGCUUCUAAGAAAAAACGUAAAUUAAAAAGUAACAAAGUUGCUAAAAGUAGUGCUAAGAAAACAGGUAGUGUUGAGGCAGUAAAAAUAAACUGUGAAAGAAAAGAACCGACAGUUGGGGAAAAAUCUUCAGAGAAUGAAACUGAUGGAAUAAAAUUAAAGAGUAACAAAGUCUCUAAAAGUAGUGCUAAGAAAACAGGUAGUGUUGAGGCAGUAAAAAUAAAUUGUGAAACAAAAGAACCAACAGUUAUAGAAAAAUCUUCAGAUAAUGAAACUGAUGGAAUCAGAACUAGACGACUAGUUUUAAAUAAAAGUUACGCAGAUAUAGAAAACUCUGAUGAUGAAACUACCGAAGAUAUUGAACAUAACGAAGGGGAAGAAGAGUCUGUAGAUCAAAAUAGUGAAGCAAAUCAAUCUGAACAAUCGAUGCCGCCUAUAUUGAACUCUCAUCAGUGCUACGAAUGUUUCAUGCUUUUCGAUAGUAAAGAUCAAUUACUUGAACAUUGCAAGGAACAUUAUAAUUUGUGCAACGAUGUAGUGCUAAAGAAAUGUCCACUUUGCGAUUUUGUGACCAACGGAUCUCUGCCAAGGCACCUUAAGUUGAUGCAUAACAUGGACCUUAAAAAUACAUAUCGGCCGAGCGUAAAAGAAGACGAAACCGGUUCCAGAUAUUUCUACAAUGUCGAUAGCGAGGCUAUCGAUAAAAUAGAUAUCAUUCCAAGCGUUAAAAAUUUAAACAAAAUGGCGUACAUGAAACUAGACAGACGAAGGAGAGAAGAGAAUAAUAAAGCCGUCAAGAAAACUAAACUAGUUAAAAAGCAAGGGGAGUGGGUCGUAGAAAAAUUCAAUAUCAACAUAAAGGCAGAUAACAUAGUGAUACCAGAUUUGAAAACGAUCAAGGGUGAUUACUUUGAAGGGUUGAAAAAGAUGGCAACACUCGCUAAGAAUGACGGCAAGAAGUUUAUGUAUCCGUGCAAAGGAUGCGAAAAGAUCUGCCAAACGCUAUCCGCCUUAAAACUGCACUACCGACACCACGAUCCAAAUAAAAAGCCGUUCAAACCCAAAGUGUGGAAACACAAAAUGAAAGGCCAGAAGCCUCCAGAACCAACGAAACAACCUGAAAAGAUAUCUGAAAAGAAUAUUGACACUAAAAGAUACGAAAAACCAAAGCCGAUAGUGAACAAACAUAAAUGCGAUCCCAAACUGAUGGAGUUCUACAAAAACAACAUAAGAGGAGGCGAUAUAGAGUUCUGGCAGUUCUUGAAAAUCUACAAUCGAAUGUCCAAAGACAAUGUUAAUGAUUUCAAAGAUUUGGAGAACUCAACGAAAUUUGGCAUUCAUAUUGCUGAUAAAACUGCCGAUAAACCUAUCAAUGAUAUUGAUAUAAAUUCUGGUUCCAUCCAGGAACCUUCCGAAAAUUCUAGUCAAGCAACUAGUUCCAUGAAAUUGGCCACAACAGUCGAAGUUUCUAGAAUAACAAAUAUGAACUCCAAAUUCAAAAGGGUUGUGAUGAUAAAUAGAAAAGAACAUCUCAGACGAAUUAAACUAAAGCAGCUACUUCGUGAGAAAAUGAAACAGAAUGCUAAUACCAAGUCAUAAAAAGGUAUGAGAUUUUGUUUGCGAAAAUAUUAUUUAUGAGUAGGUACACCAAAGAAUUAUAUAGAAAUAUCAUGCUGGUAUUAGUGAUAUUUUGUAAGUAAUAACUAUUAUCAAGCAAUUUCGUUUUAUUUUAUAGAA